AUGGACCGCUGCAUGUUCAUUUCUUUGCACCUUCUUGCGAUUUUGGAAACCUCCAGAGGACAAAUCUCAGAAUGCUUUGAAGGCCAGUGGCAGUGCGAUGAUGGUCUCUGCAUCCCGGAUAUAUUGAGAUGUGAUGGACAAGGAGACUGUCUGGAUGGAUCUGAUGAAAUAAAUUGUCCUGGCUCCUCAGAUUGUCCACGGGGUCAGUUUGCCUGUUUGGACACCGUUGGCUGUGUUGACACGUCGGCCCGCUGUGAUGGACAAAUCCAGUGUCCCACCGGCUCGGACGAGGAGAACUGCCCGGCCAUCGACGGCUGUCUGGACUCCGAGUGGAUGUGUCAGAACCACAUCUGUAUCCCCGAGGAGCUGCGCUGCAACGGGCAGGAUGACUGCAUGGACAACUCUGAUGAAGACGACUGUGGCGUGUGCACCGAGAACAGCGCACGGUGUCUUGAAGGGAUGUGUUUCUCUGCUGAGAUGAUGUGUGAUGGGCAGUACGAUUGUUCUGAUGGCAGUGAUGAGCCUUUAGCCUGCGGCCGGAUCUGUGAGAUGAACAAUGGCGGCUGUAGCUACGGGUGUUCUGAUGAGCCCUGGGGCGUUCGGUGUACCUGUCCUGCAGGCUAUACGCUCUCUCCCAACGGAUUAGUGUGUGAAGACGUGGAUGAAUGUGCCACGCUGUUUCCCGCCUGCCCUCACUACUGCGUCAACACAGCUGGGUCCUUCUUCUGCCACUGCAGACAUGGCUUCAAACUGGGGGAAGACAACACAUGCCUGGCUUCAGGUAAUGGGACUCGACUGCUGAUGAUGCAGAGGACCGCGAUGGGAUUGUUGAAUGUGAAGUCCCAGCAGUUCGAGGUUGUCCAGACUGCGGUGCUUGACCCAGUGGCCUUGGCGUUUGAUGUCGCCCGGGGGUGGUACUACUGGGCUGACCGCAGCGGCAAGAUUUACAAAAGUGAUGGGCAGCGGAGCUGGACGGCUUACAGUGGGGAGCCUGGCAUCAUUGGUCUUGCAUGUGACUGGCUCAAUGGAAACUUGUUCUGGACCAAUCAAGUCACAAAAUCAAUCCACAUGCAAGCGUCCGAUGGGAGAAGUUACACAGUUGUCCUGAGCAAAAACAUCAGCCCGUCUGAGCUGGUGCUUGUACCUGUGGAGAGCUCAAUGUUCUGGAUGGAUGCAGGUCCAAAUGACAGGGAAACACUAGAGAAGUCGUGGAUGGAUGGGUCAGAACGGAGCUCUCUGGCGAUCAUCACUGCUCAGUCUGCUCACAGCCUCACCGCAGAUGUAGCUGCCAUGCGGCUGUACUGGAUCAGUGACUUCAAGGGGUCUGUAGAGAUGGUGAUGACGGAUGGAUCUGGUCGUUACUCCUUCUCUGGACUGUUCAACGGGGGACCGGCUCUAAGCCUUGCUGUGUUUGAGAGUUUAUUUUACUGGGUUGAUGAUCAAGGACUGUGGCAAGCUGCACAAAACCAACCAAGUCAGAAGAAAUUACUCUUGAAAACUGAACUGCCACUGUUGGCAGUCUACCAUGAGCUGCAGCAGCCCCAAGAUCCACGAUUCCUGUAUAAUACAGCUACAACAGUCCACUUGGUGGAGUACAGAGGCAGAGAAAACAUCGACACCCAGCUGUUCACUGCUAAAGACGGCAUCCUGUCCUUUGAUCUGGACUGGAGAAGAGACUGGUUGUACUGGGUCAAUCAGACCGGUCACAUCCAACGCAGCAGUCACAAACAAGGCAAUACUGAGGAGGUCCCAGCACCUCUGCCAGUUUGUUUCAUAACUGUGGACCAGAAGACUGGACGUCUUUUCUGGGUGUCGUGUGACCAAAACAGCAUUGGCACGGCCGUCAAACAGCCACAGCGACUGUACCACACGACACGCGCCAUCCGAGACCUGCACCUGGACUGGGUGGGGAGUCUGAUCUACUGGUUGGAAGACGAUCGGAUUCUCAGUAUGAGCAUGGCAGGAGGAGAAACUAAAGAACUGCUGCAGAUAGCCGGAGGCUUCAGAGAGAGCGUCGCCUUUGAUCUCAGGGCUAAUAGUUUGCUGUGGAACUCCAAUCAAGCAGGCCUGGUGAAAAUGAGUUUGCUGAAAGAGAGAAGCCACAAAGUUGGAAGACGAUGGAACAUCUCGGGUUCAGUUGCAGCUGCACUUGAACCGUACCUGUUGACGGUGUCCGAUAACGUUGUUAAGCUUUGGGAUCAGCGCGAUGGAAGCCUCAUUCAAGACAUGACCGUGAAGGAUCACGUGUUCAGUGUGAUCGCUGCAGUUGGGAAACUUCAGACAGUCUGCGUCUCACAAGCUCAGCUGUGCGAUGGCAAAAAAGACUGCCCUGAAGCAGAUGAUGAGGAGUUUUGUGUUCGAACGUGUCCUUCCAAAGUCCAGCACAGAUAUGUGAUGGAAAGGAGGACUGUCCUGAUGGAUCUGAUGAGAAAUGCCUGCAAAGGUGUCUAUACAGAACCGAUUUCCUGUGUAAAGAUCGUCGGAGUUGCAUCUCCAAGAGCCAAGUGUGUGACGGUCGAUCUGACUGCCACGAUGGCUCAGAUGAGACUGUGCCAGGACGGGACCGGAUGUGUCCUGUACAGUCACGUCUGUGAUGGAGAAAGAGACUGUGCAGAUGGAUCAGAUGAAAUAGGAUUGGACUUCCUCUGCAAAGACCGUCGGAACUGUGUCCCCAAAAGCAAAGUGUGUGACGGUCGGUCUGAUUGCCACGAUGGCUCAGAUGAGGUCAACUGUCCAAGCGUAGCGCUCCCUGCUCCUCGGAAAACAAUGCUGAAGUGUCGCCUGGGCUCCAAACCAUGCCAAGAUGGGACUGAGUGCGUCCUGUACAGUCACGUUUGUGAUGGAGAGAAAGACUGUGGCGACGGAUCAGAUGAAAUGGGAUGUGAUGUUGCAGACAGUGAAUCUCCUGAAUCCAAUAAAAUGAUUACUGAGCCCCCCACCAAACCGCCGUGCACCAGUCCCUCAGUUCUGUGUCCAGGGUCCUCGGUUUGUCUCAGCCCUGCACAGAUAUGCGAUGGAAAGAAGGACUGUCCUGAUGGAUCUGAUGAGAAAUGUGUGCGAAGAUGUCCAUACUGGAGUGACUUCCGCUGCAAGGAUCGCCGUAGCUGUGUCUCAAAGAGUCAAGUAUGUGAUGGUCGAUCUGACUGCCACGAUAGCUCAGACGAGGUUGGCUGUCCAAGUGUAGCUCUUCCUGCGCCUCAAAAAACUGCCCUGAAAUGUCGUCUGGGAUCCAAACUGUGCCAGGAUGGGACUGAAUGCGUCCUGUACAGUCACGUCUGUGAUGGAGAAAAAGACUGUCGGGAUGGAUCAGACGAACUGGGAUGUGGUGACUUCCGCUGCAAGGAUCGCCGUAGCUGUGUCUCAAGGACUCAAGUGUGUGACGGUCGAUCUGACUGCCACGAUGGCUCAGACGAGGUCGGCUGUCCAAGUGUAGCUCUUCCUGCACCUCAAAGAACUGCCCUGAAAUGUCGUCUGGGAUCCAAACUGUGCCAGGAUGGGACGGAAUGCGUCCUGUACAGUCACGUCUGUGAUGGAGAAAGAGACUGUGCAGAUGGAUCAGAUGAAAUAGGAUGUGAUUCUCCUCCAUCUGAUGAACCAUUUACUGAGCCUCCCACCAAACCUCCAUGCACCAGCCCCUCAGUUCUGUGCCCAGGUUCCUCUGUUUGCCUCAUUCCAGCACAGAUAUGUGAUGGAAAGAAGGACUGUCCUGAUGGAUCUGAUGAGAAAUGUCUGCAAAGAUGUCCUUACUGGACUGACUUCCUCUGCAAGGAUCGCCGGAGCUGCGUCUCCAGGAACCAAGUGUGUGACGGUCGAGCUCAUUGUAAUGAUGGCUCAGAUGAGGUUGGCUGUUCCAAUGUAGUUCCUCCCACACCUCCAAAAUCUACCCUGAGGUGUCGUUUAGGAUCCAGACUUUGCCAAGAUGGCACUGAAUGUGUCCUGUACAGUCACGUCUGUGAUGGAGAAAGAGACUGUCGGGAUGGAUCAGAUGAACUGGGAUGUGAUGCUGGAGAAAUGACUGAUUCUACAAAGAGCCCCUCCUGCAGUAGUCCUUCAGUUUUGUGCCCAGAUUCAUCUGUCUGCAUUCUGCCAGCACAGCUCUGUGAUGGACAAGAAGACUGUCCUGAUGGAUCUGACGAGGACUGCGUCAAAACGUGUGCUGACCAAACUGACUUUCUCUGCAAGGACCGUCGGAGCUGUGUGUCCAGGAGUUUGGUUUGUGACGGGAUCCUUCACUGCCUUGACGGCUCUGACGAGCUCGACUGUCCAAGUCGUGCUGCCUCUGCUCCUCGCACGCAGGUCCCGGCGUGCCGCAUCGGCUCAAAGCUGUGCGACGACAGCACAGAGUGCGUUCUCUACAGCCACCUCUGUGACGGAGAGAACGACUGUGCAGAUGGGUCUGAUGAACGGGGGUGCACGGAAACCUGCAAACAAGGCGAGUUUCAGUGUGCCCACGGAAAAAUGUGCAUUCCUGAGGCUCAGGUGUGCGAUGGGAGGUCACACUGCCGGGAUAACUCGGAUGAGAUGAACUGCUGGAAGCCAACCAAGACCUGCGAGCAUCGCUGUGCUGACGGCAAACGCUGCCUCCCAAAGAAACUCCUGUGUGAUGGAGAGAGAGACUGUCCUGAUGGCUCGGACGAACUGGGCUGUGUUCGCUGUCCAGGUUCAACUGCGUGUAUCCUACAGCAGCAGCUUUGCGAUGGACAAAGAGACUGUCCGGAUGGAUCCGAUGAAAGCAACUGUGUGGCCAAAUGUGAAAAUCCAAAUGACUUCCUGUGCAGUGACCAGAGAAAAUGCAUCCCAAUGAAAGAAGUGUGCGACGGCCAGAUUCACUGUCCCGAUGGCUCGGAUGAGAAACGGUGCCCGCCACAGAAGACUGCCUCCAAUGUGCCCAACACUCAGUCAGAACCUUUGAAGUGUCGCAGAGGUUUCAAGCCAUGUAAAGACGGUCUGGAGUGUGUGAUGUACAGCCACGUCUGUGACGGAGAAAAGGACUGCAAAGAUGGGUCUGACGAAGUUGGAUGUGCUACGAAGUGCAAAGAGGGUGAAUUCCGCUGUUCUCACGGGAAUAGAUGUGUUCCACAAACUCGCGUGUGUGACGGGCAGUACGACUGUCAGGACAGAUCUGACGAAGUGGACUGUUCGACCCAGACGGAGGACUGCCACCACCGCUGUGACAACAGAACUCGCUGUAUACCAGAAACCUUUCUGUGCGAUGGAGAAAAAGACUGUGCCGAUGGGUCGGAUGAAGAAAAGUGUGGUUCAGUAACUUGUUCGAAAGACCAGUACCGCUGUGCCAGCGGGCAGUGUGUCUCUGAGGCUCUGAGAUGUGACGGAUAUGCAGACUGCAGCGACCGCUCGGACGAGGCCGACUGCUCCAGACCGCCGCGCUGCCUGUCGCAGCUGCGAUGCCCUCACAGCCACGAAUGCUUGCAGAAAGAGUGGCUCUGCGACGGCGAGGAAGACUGCAAAGACGGCUCGGAUGAGACGAACUGCAACACUCCACCAGAGAAGUGCAGGUCGUACCAGUGGCAGUGUCGAGACAGCACUCAGUGCAUUCCUGUUUUGUGGAGGUGUGACGGCACGAAGGAUUGCUUAAAUGGCAUGGAUGAGGACAGAUGCACCCCGAAAAAGUGCCCCUCUCACCUGUACCAGUGUGGCAGUGGAGAGUGUAUUGACCCCAAGCUGCUGUGCAAUGGCAAAUCCAACUGCGUCGAUAGCUCCGACGAAGGCGUGGGUUGUGGUCAGCGGAACUGCUCCAGUCCAUCAGCGCCUCAGUGUGACCAUAACUGUGUCAGCACGCCAGCAGGACCCGUUAGUUUCAGGCCGCAGUAUACCACUCAGACCUGUGUUGACGUUGACGAGUGCAACUCAGAGCCACAUGCUUUAUGCGAUCACACCUGUGUGAACACCCGCGGGUCCUACACCUGCCACUGUCAUCCUGGGUUUUACUUGGAACCUGACAACAAAAGCUGCAAAACAAAAGAUGAGCCUUUACUUCUGGCAUCUGUACAGUCGGAGCUUUUAUUGUUUGGAGUCCACAGUGGCACUUUGCGUGUUUUCACCUCGGUCAGUCAGCCAGUCUUCUCGUUGGAUUAUCACUGGGCUCAACAGAGAGUUUACUGGCUGAGCCCCUACUACCAGAGCGUCCGCUACGCUGACAUGAACAACCCCAACAACAAAAGGACACUAAUCAAAGGAGUUAAAUCUGAUUUUCUCGCUGUGGACUGGGUCGGUAACAAUCUGUACUGGGUGGAUGGAUUAGUUGGCCAAAUAUUAGCCGUGAAGCUGAGCAGCACCACACAGAAAUCUCAGGAUUUCACCGUGGUCCUGGGUGAAGAUCUAGAGCAACCGAGCUCACUGGUUUUGCUGCCACACAAAGGUCUGAUGCUGUGGUCUGAGAUUGGCAGCAAGCCUCAGAUUGAGCAGUCUGGGAUGGAUGGUUCGCGGAGGAAAGUGGUGGUGAGCAGUGACUUGAGCUGGCCCGUCAGUUUGGCCUACGACCUUCUGGAUGACCGGAUGUACUGGGCUGAUGAGAAGUUACGCUGCAUAGGCUCAGCCUCUCUGGAUGGUGAAAACAUCAAGAUUAUGCAGUUAGCUGAGACUCCAAACCCCUUUUCCGUGGUGGUCUUCAAUGAUCGCGUCUUCUGGUCCGACACCAAGCGCAGAGCUGUCCGCUCAGCUGAGAAGAACAGCGGCAAAGAUCAAAAAGUCCUCCUUAAAAGACCGGGCCAGCCGUUUGGGCUGAAACUCGUGCACGCCCUCUCCCAGCCAGCUGCCUCCCAGCCCUGUGGCCAGCUGUCCUGCUCCCACCUCUGCCUCCUGGCCCCAGCUGUGAGCAGGCCCUCUGAAGUGUCGGCACCUGUAGGCGUCUGUCGAUGCCCGAAGGGACUGCUGCUGUCCAAAGACAAGAUCACCUGCUCUGUGCCUGCGGACUCGUCAUUCGUCCUGUUUUUGUCUCGCAACACAAUCUAUCAGAUUUACUUGCGUUCUUUGCGUCGAGAUGGCGUUUCUCUGAAGAAAAUGCCAACCAACAGACCUUUGGCCCUCCCAAACACAAAUGAGGCCCUGGAGAUGGACAUUUCCAUCCGCGAUCUUUCUCUGUAUGUGGCCUAUUCAGGGCAAGGAUCGGUGGAUGUUUUGAGACUGAGCAGCUCCAGGUCUAGGCAGGGUCUCACGGAGGCUGGACAUGUCCUACAACUGAAGGAUGACGUGGUCACGGCUCUGGCGGUCGAUUGGGUGACGCUCAACCUCUACUGGAGCAGCAGUGAGAGACCUGACAUCCAUGUGACGUCCCGAUAUGAAGGCCACACCACCUCACUGCGGCAGGGAUCGCUCAUGGGCACCACAUCGAUUGCGCUGCAUCCUCCCACGGGCCGCCUGUGCUACACGGCAAUAGUGGGAGUGAGUGGGAAGGCUCAGACGCAGGUGGUGUGUGCCUGGAUGGACGGUCGCAGUAAAGCCGCGCUGUGGAGGAAAUCCAGCAUCCCCACGUCACUGACGUUUUCCAGUCAGGGAGACAUGAUAUACUGGGCAGACACUGGUGAGGGUGUGAUCAGCUCCAUUCGACUGGACGGAACAGGAUAUAAGCAAUUCUCCACAGGGGCGGAUCUGCUCAUUUCCUUCACACACACUGCAAAUAUCUUCCUGUGGGUCACUCUGGGCAAAGAUGUAACCAGAGUGUGGUUUACCGAUGGCCUCCAGCCUAAACAACUGUGGUUUGAGACAAAGACCAGCAUGGUGAAAAUCAGAGCCUUCAGCAACGACACGCAGACAGGAGAAAAUAGUUGUUCCAAAACCAACGGAGACUGCCAACACCUGUGCCUGCCCUAUCCCGGAGGCCGGACGUGUAAAUGUGGCCGAAGCUUCCUCAGCGUCAACGUCACUUCAUGUGCUCCGCUUCCUCCCUGUCCUGCUGGAGAAAAAUCCUGCUUUAACGGAGAAAAAUGCAUCAGCAGCAGCAAGUUCUGCGACCGACAGAUCGAUUGUCCGGACCAGUCCGAUGAACAGGACUGUCCGUCCUCAAACACGGCCUCGCUUGGUUCCAAAGCCAGAGAGAAUCAGACUCCACAGUCUCCAAACACUAAGAACUCCAUCCUUCCGGUGAAGGAAUCUGCCUCCUGUGAUCUCCAGCACUGCAGCGGUCACGGCAGAUGCAUCACAGUGGGCGAAGCGACUCGCUGCCAGUGUCUGCAGGGUUACAAGGGAGAGUCCUGUCAAGAGGCGGACAGCGGACACAGCCACGCGCCUGUCAUCUUCGGCGUUUUCUUCCUCGUCGUUCUGGUGGUGACCGGCAUUUUCAUUUUCAGUAAAAGGAGACAGUGGGCUGCCCUUCGAAAAAAGUCCUCCGACAAAGAAAAUCUGAUGGCCAACAUGGGUCUGCCAUCCGAAGAUGAAAACUCCGAUUCUGAGGAACUGGAGUCCUCAGUGGACACGCUGGCCCCCUCCCUGCCAUUGGUCACUGUAUCUGAAAACAACUACUCGGCAUUCACCGACAAUCCAGUGACUGGAUGAACAUCUGGAAUGUGAAGCUUCAGGUUCCCACAGCAGCUCUGUACUGUUGGUUUAUUCCA